AUGGUUGCAAUUCUGGCCGAAGCUAUGCGUUGCGGGUACCAUGACCUCCGCGGAUCACGAAUAUCACUAUCGGACAUACUUCUCUCAUUGCGAAGCUGCCAGGCAUCCGUGGUGUAUUCAGGAGACUAUGUGAACGUAGGUUAUUCCAUUGCGAAAUAUCUGGAGCAAGAACCGAGCCAGCUCAAGUUGCCAUUGAACCUUGAGGGCACUAGUGAUCAGGGUAAUUACAGAGCUUCACAAGAUCUCAACACAACAUCUGGUCAGCCUUUGAGCUUCUCCCUAGUUGACGACACCGUACGGCACCUACCGUCUUGGAUUCCAGAUUGGACGAUCCGCACGAAGCGAUUCCUGCUUAACCACCCCGCGUCCCGCUUCGCUGCGUCCAGCCAUGUAUCCUCCGCAGACUUAUAUGGAGUGAUAUUUGGUGCAUCAACUACCCAGAGAGCUACCAUUGAAUUUAUUGGCAUGAAAGUUGACGUCAUCUCGGAUACUAGCGAAUACAUGCCCCCACGCCGCCACUGUGAUCACUACACUUCAUAUAUGGGAAGAUCUCUCAUCAAGCGAUCAAACUCGCCUUGA